UGUAAACAAUAAAGCUACAAUCUUGUCAAGAAAGCCAUCAGUGCUGAUUGGCUUUUCGUGAAAAGCAUUUUCUUACUCAGCAACAACAUUAGUUUCUUAUUUAAUUCUUGUCAAGGGGCGUUCUUGAUUGUUAUAACACAUUUAGCUAUUCUACAAACAAUUGGGCUUUAUUUGAAACUGCUUUUUUAUAUAUAAAGAUUGUUGUUUUCUUGGGCUGCUGCAACUUAACGGUGUAUUCAACCAUGGAUUCUGCUUCUGUGAAAACGUUCCUGCUCGAUGUUAGAGCUUCUGCGAAUUCGUUGUUGUCGCAGUACGAGCCUCUGGUUCUGGUUUUUGCUGCUCUCUUUGCUCUCCUUGUCUCUUCCGCGCUUCAAUGGACUAUCAAUGGCCUGCAGGAGAAGGGACUCAAAGCCACACUCCUAGGGUUAUUCAUGAGCUCCAUCAAGUUGGUUCCUGGCGUCAAGAGUUACAUCGAAGCUGAGAAGCAAAAGAUGGCCAUGGCGGAUUCCACCGUCUCAAUAAAAAACCCAUCUUUCUCUCCUCCUCCGUCAUAUAUGGCCGCCGCCGGCGGUCUAAAUUUGCAACCGCAACCAUACAUUUUCCUGCCGCAGUCGGUGGAGCAGCUGCUGCGUCGAAUUUGCGAAGAAAAAAAGCGUCCCUGGCCAGAAGACGACGUUUUGCGGAGGCUGAGUUUUCUGACGGAGAAGCAGGCGCUCGAGCUCCUCCGUCAGAUCGCCCGCGCCAAAGAAGUUAAGACUCUCAACGGCUACAUCAUCUGGCUCUGUCAGACCCAGUAUUCCUCCUCCUCUCCUUCGCAAUCUUCCCUUGCUUCUCAAUUCCAAGGUGUGACUCUCAAUCAUCGCUGCUCCUCAGCUGUUGAGCAACCUGUGGCUAUAGGCAAUGCAGAAGCAGAGCUGGAAGCUUUGGGAGAACUUGAAUUCAGAAAACAGUUUCUGAUUCUAAAUUACUCUGGAGGAAUGCAGUUGGGAAGUGUUAUACCGGCGGAGACUAUUAGGAGUUGGAAAGAUCUGCCAAUGCAUAUAUUUGAGACCAGAGUUUGGGAAGCUUUGGGUCGCAAUUAUAUUGGCAAGGAAGAUCGGCGUUUGACUUUUGAAUGGGAUUCUGGAAAAACACACCUCUAUCAUUGUUAUGUUUCUUUGGAUGGGAGUUGCAAAUUCAAGGGUCCAUUUCUAAACAAAGAAAGAACUCUCCUACAGAAAGUUUUAGGAGACGACAAUGUUUUAAUGAUGAAAUUUGCUGAUGAGGGGAAUGGGACAGGUCCCUCAAAUUCUUACAAUAAUAAGUAUGUUACAUAUCGCAAGGUUGCAAGAGAAGGGAUUCUUGUAGGGUUGCGACGAUUUUGUUUCUUUGUGUUCAAAGAUGGUGGUAAAGAGGAAAAGAAAAAAAACCCAACUUCAUCACCCGUGAAGUGUUAUUUUGUCCGUAUGGACUCUGAUGCUUCAAUUGACAGGGAUGUAUGGUAUAUGUUAACUAACACAAUUUAUGAAGCAAGAUCUCUUUUCAUGCAUGCGCAUACUGUGUCUAGUGUGCCCACCUACAUGGCUAGGUUUUCGCUCAUUCUGUCAAAGACAAUCAGAUUUCCAGUAGAUCUGUCAGCUGUGAAUGUUGAGUUUGUUGAUGAGGAAUAUUGUAGGGAUGAAUCUGGUAACCUUAUUUACAGAGAUGACAAACCACUUAUACAUACAGAUGGCACUGGAUUUAUAUCUGAGGAUUUGGCUUUACUUUGUCCGAAGAACAUAUCCAAUGGAAAACGGAUCAGUAAUCAAAAAAUCGAGAGACUUCCGAAUCAUAAUGAACUUGAUGGCAACGGUCUGGAAAAGAAACAGCCAGGUUCUAGAAUCGGGGAACCGCCUUUGCUCAUACAGUUCCGACUGUUUUACAAAGGCUGUGCUGUCAAGGGAACAUUUCUUGUCAACAAAAUGCUGCCACCGAAAACAGUCCAGAUUCGACCUCAAAUGGUUAAAGUUCAGAUAGAUCCAGAACUUUCAGAUAAUGAAACAGUGAAUGCAUUAGAGAUAGUUGGAACAAGUAUUCCACCUGGGAAGUCAUAUUUAUCGAGGAAUUUAAUUGCGCUUCUAUUCCAUGGAGGGGUGCCAAAAGAAUAUUUCUUGGAAAUACUUGAGAGAGCUUUGGAAGAUGCUCAUAGUGUUUUCUGCAAUGCGCGUACCGCACUCAAAGUUGCCGUUAACAAUGGUGAGAUUGAUGACAAUUCCAAUACGGCAAGAAUGAUCCUAUGCGGUAUUCCCUUAGACGAAUCAUAUUUGCAAUAUCGUCUAUCGAUAUUAAUAAAAGAGGAAAUGAAAGGUCUUAGAAGAGGGAAACUGUAUGUUCCCGAUUGCUAUUACUUGAUGGGGACAGCUGAUCCAACCGGGAUUCUAGAGAAAGACGAAGUUUGCAUUAUCCUUGACAGCGGACAAAUUUCGGGCAAGGUAUUAGUGUAUCGGAAUCCAGGUUUGCACUUCGGGGAUAUUCAUGUUUUGAAGGCCACUUAUGUGAAGGAGUUAGAAGAUGUUGUUGGAAAUGCCAAGUAUGCUAUAUUUUUCUCUCGCAAAGGUCCGCGUUCUGUAGCUGAUGAAAUAAGUGGUGGAGAUUUUGAUGGUGAUCUCUACUGGGUUUCAAGAAACCCUCAGCUACUGGAGUAUUUCAAACCCAGUGAACCUUGGGUUCCGGCUUCUUCAGCUCCUAAAGCUGCCAGUGUCAAACCAGCUAAGCUUUCGAAAGAAGACCUAGAAGAGCAGCUCAUAAAUCUGUUUUUGACAACUAGAUUUAAACCAAGUUAUGCAAUGAGUGAGGCAGCUGAUAGCUGGCUGGCUAUGAUGGAUCGCUACUUGACCCGAGGAGAUAGUAGCAUUGAUGAGAACUUGGUGAAGAACAUACUGCGUUUGGUUGAUAUAUACUAUGAUGCGCUAGAUGCGCCAAAGAAGGGUGGAAAGGUCGAAGUUCCCAAAGACUUGAAGGUGUCGAAGUUUCCUCAUUACAUGGAAAAGAAAAAUUCAUACCGUUCAACUUCGAUUUUAGGAUCGAUUUAUGACAGGGUGAACGAGUACCAACCAGACGACCUCUCAACCAAAGAAGUUAAGAAACUUCCCAUUUUCGACAUUGAAGUCCCUGAGGAGUGCUUGAUCAAAUGGAGGGAACAAUACAAACAGUACAGGCGUGACAUGACCUCGGCAUUGCGAGAUGAUGAUCGAGAGGGGAAGAAUCAGGCUGCCGGGGAGGUCAUAACAAAGUAUAGAGAGAUUCUGUACGGUGGUGAUGAUUUCGACAAGAGCACAAGGCCGAUGGGUGAAAUAUUUGACGAGGCGAUCGCGAUAUAUAAUAUCUGUUACGACUAUGCCAGGAGUGCAGGUGUAAGUAAAUGCGUGUUUGCAUGGAAAGUUGCAGGGUCAGCUCUCAUCAAACUUCACUUGAUCAAACAAGGUGAUGCAUGCCCUUUUCUGGUGUCACCCGCUGUCUUGAAGGAUAUUCUGUAACUAAGAAAUGGAUCUUGUAAUCUAGCUAGCCUUUAAUGACUGUUUAUGGUCAAGAAAUGUUGUAUAUAUAAAUCCAUGGUUCCCAACCAUGGAUUCCUAACUAGUUUGGAAUCAUAAGCUCAAAUGUUGAGAAUAAAAUCUACCGUAAAGAGAAGAUACUAGCAACUUUCUCACU